AUGGCCGGGGGCGGCAUGGUCGACAAGGUGGUGGCGAGCGGUGGGGGAGGAGGGUGGCGGCGUGAGGCUCGCUGGAGGAAGCUGCUCGCCGGGUUCCUGGCCAGCUUGCAGGCGCUGGCAGCUGGCCUUGUGGUCGGCUGGGACUGGGUGGACGGCGAGGACGACUCCUGGCUACCCUCGGUGGCUGGGCUGGGCACAGUGGUGGGAGCCGCUCCCAUACAGCAUGUGCUCUCAGUCAGUCACAUACAGGGUGUGCUUGCAGCCAGCCUGCAGGCGCUGGCAGCUGGCCUCGUGGUCGGCUGGGACUGGGUGGACGGCGAGGACGACUCCUGGCUACCCUCGGUGGCUGGGCUGGGCACGGUGGUGGGAGCCGCUCCGGCGGGCUGGCUCGCCGACAUGCUGGGUCGCAGGACGGUGCUGCUUGCAUCGGCACUUCCUGGUGUCACCGGCUGGACGUUGGUCGCUGCGGCGGGGCAGGCCCCGAGGACGAGGGAGCUGCUCUACGCCGGGCGGUUCGUGAGCGGCCUGUCGACGGGUGUCUGCAGUGUGGCGCUCGCCAUGUACAACUGCGAGGCGGCGUGCGGCGGCCCCCGGGGCUCCGUGGGCAGCCUGCAGUUCCUGCUCUACAUAGCGGGCAUCGCCGCGGCGCGCGCCCUCACCGCCUUCGCGCCGCCCCUCUGGCUGCCCGCCGUCGCUGCAGCCUCGCACGCGGGGGCGGCGCUGGCCCUCGCCUGGGUGCCCGAGUCACCGCUGCACCUGGUGCGCCGGGGCCACGUGGCGGCGGCCGAGGCGGCGCUGGCGCGGCUGGGGGCGGCAGACCCCGCGCGCGCCGCCAGGCGGCUGGGGGACCUGGUCGCGGACCGGCCCACGGCCGCACGCCUCCUCAGGGUCGGCGUGGUCGCAGUGGGGCUGAUGAUGUUCCGGCAGCUGGUGGGCGCGCGGGCCGUGGCGGCGCUGUCUCGCGCCGUGUUCCCGCCGCACUGGCUGGCGGGCUGUCCCCCGGCCCUCGCCCUCGCCCUCACCGGCGUGCUGGGCGCGCUGCUGCCCGCGCUCUGCGGCGACGCCGUGGGCCGCAAGAUGCUGAUGAUGUCCUCGGGCGCCGCCAUGGCCGUGUGCCACCUGUCGCUGUCGGUGUUCCUCUUCGUGCGCGGCGCCCACCCGGGGCAGGACCUCGCCGCCGUGGCCUGGCUGCCCGUCGCCUCGGCUCUCGCCCACGCCGCGGCCUUCGGCGCCGGCUUCGGCGCGCUGCCCUGGCUCGUCGUGUCCGAGGUGGCGCCGCCCGCCGGCAAGGGCCACCUGCUGUCCCUGGCUGCGUGCGCCAACCACGUGCUGGCGCUCAUGUUCUCGCGCGCCUUCUACGGCUCGCCGGGGUCCGUGCACCACCCCGUGCUGUCCCUCAUGUUCUGCUGCUCCUGCUGCCUCGGCAUGCUGUUCGUCGUGCUGUACGUGCCCGAGACCAAGAGGAGGUCCUUGAAGGAGGUGCAGGACUUGCUCAAGUGA